UGGCACCCCUCAUUAAAAAUGACAUCAGAGCAGGGAGGGCCUUCUACUAAAGGUAAAUCUUCACAAUGCUGUAGACCAGCUUGGUAUAAAUACUGUGAGCCCAGUGCCCUGAGAAGCAGCCGCUCAGACAGACAAACUUCCCAGCUAAGGAUAUAAAAGCACCUCCAGUAGAAAACCCUUGUGAUCACAUCACUGUUUCUUUGGAGCGUAAACCUGCCGGUUUCGCUUCACAUGAUGGACCUGAGGGUUUCAGGCCUCCUUCUUGUCCUCCUAGCCUUGGCUGGGGCAACUCCACACUACCAAGUGAACAAGAAACCCUACCCUGUGAAGAGUCAUGCCGUUGCAGGCCCUACUGGUGCUCAAGGUCCUCAGGGUCCUCCAGGUGAGCCAGGACCAAUGGGGCCACCUGGACCUCCUGGAAAGAGUGGUGUAGGACACACAGGGCCACCUGGCCCACAAGGACCUCCUGGACCUGCUGGGUACUCUCAAGCAGGUAAACCUGGUACACCAGGUGCCCCUGGAAAAUCAGGUGCCCCUGGCAUCCCUGGUGAAAGAGGUGCACAUGGUGCACCUGGCCAGAUGGGACCCAGAGGUGCACCUGGUGCACCUGGAUCACCAGGGCCUGCUGGACUUUCUUCUGUUGGAAAACCUGGGCCAGCUGGCCUCCCCGGAGCGAUGGGACCAAGAGGAGAGCCCGGCCUAAAGGGACAUUCUGGUCAUCCUGGUUCUCCGGGUCCAAAGGGAGAGAAAGGCAUUGGUGUUCCUGGGGUUCAAGGACCACCGGGUGCAAUUGGACCAAUGGGUCCAGCUGGUAUGCCUGGAAAACCUGGAAUGGGUAAACCUGGUGUUCCUGGCUACCCUGGAGAACCUGGCAAGGAUGGUUUGCCAGGAAGAGAUGGUGCUUCAGGGCCAAUGGGCCUCCCAGGGCCAAAAGGUCACACUGGAGCUCCAGGCACAGGAGCACCAGGAAAACCAGGCGAGAAUGGUACUCCAGGUUUGCCUGGACCCAUGGGGUCUAAAGGUCCACAGGGUCCAGCUGGUCAACCAGGCUCCCCUGGCAUGCCAGGAGUUGGCAAAACAGGUGAACCUGGAAUACCAGGCAGCAGAGGUUCCCCUGGUACCCCUGGAACCACUGGUCAGAAAGGAGAGCCAGGGCCAACUGGUUUCACUGGUCAGCCAGGUGCUCCUGGUCCUAUUGGUCCAGCAGGUCCACAGGGUGCAAGAGGAUUCCAGGGUGAGGGUGGCCCUGCAGGACCCAAAGGUGACACUGGCAUGGUAGGUGCGCCUGGCCCAAGAGGAACCAAAGGAGAGCAGGGAGCCCAGGGGUUCACUGGGAAGCCAGGUGUACCCGGAGCAGUAGGUCCUGCAGGAACUCCAGGACUUCAUGGUCAUCAAGGUCCUAAAGGUGCACAAGGUCCCACUGGUGCCCCAGGAAUCCCAGGUGCAAGUGGAGCUCCAGGACUAAAAGGACAUACAGGUCCACCAGGAGCACCAGGAAAAAGUGGUGAGAGUGGAAGGCCAGGACCCAUGGGGCAAGUAGGGCCCUCUGGACCCUCUGGUCUCCCUGGGCCAAAGGGUCAUCCAGGUCCCCCAGGUCUGCCUGGCCCAGCUGGCUUGACAGCUAAGGGACUUUCUGGUCCCCAAGGCCCACCUGGAAUUCCAGGUACCAGAGGUCAUGAUGGUCUUCCAGGCCCUGCUGGUCCUCCUGGUCCACCUGGCCCACCAGGAGAGAUCAUCUACCAUCAUGAAAAGAGCAUGCCAAUCAAGUCCCAUGAGGUUAUGUUGCCUCAUGAGGUGAUGAAAGCCCCAGUAUCUGCCUUCAGUGCUUUGCUGACAACAGCCUACCCCCCUGCAGGAAGCCCUAUUGUGUUCACCAAUCUUCUGUACAAUGGAGAGCACCACUAUGACCCCAGCAGUGGUGUGUUUACAUGCCAGAUCCCAGGUCUCUACUAUUUCAGUUAUCAUAUGCAUGUCAAUGGUGCCAACGCAUUGGUGGCCCUCUACAAAAAUGAAGAGCCACUUGUUUUCAGUUAUGAUGAGUACAACAAGGGCUUCUUAGAUCAGAUGUCCGGCAGUGCUGUUCUUGCGUUGCACACUGGUGACAGAGUCUAUGUCCAGAUCCCUGAUGAGGAGAGUAAUGGUAUAUUUGCAACAGAUAAUGUUCACUGCUCUUUCUCUGGGUUCUUGAUUGCUUCAACGUGAUUUCACAAAUCCGAAUUAACCUCAACACCUUACAAAUACUCAACUACUCACAGAAAUAGACAAAUUUGCAAAAUUUCAAAUUAAGAUUGUAGACUAAAUAUGGUUGUGAGUUUAGAACUUUGCCUCAUACAAAUGACAUUUCUGCCUGACACAGGAUUUAAUGUUGACAAAAAGUUUAUAGCAUAUGCUUUCAUUGAUCCCUUUUCCUAGUACAUCUCUUGUGUGGAUUGGUCCUUUUUAAUGACACAUUAUUAGAAGACUUUUUUAAGUGGUGCUCUACAACUGCCUGUAACAUUUACAGUAUGUCUCUUAUUUGUGUUUGUUUGUAUUAAUGUCUGUUGUUUAAGAAUUUUCCUGUAAUAUAAAUACAAAAGACAUGCAAAACGGUUGUACUAUAUAUUAGCAGAGAUCAGCACAUUCUCACAAGCACUGUGACAUGCAAUAAACACAGAAUGAGAAACUCAAA